AUGUGCAUUGAGCUGCCUCACUGUAUGAAAGAAUUAGCUACCCUGGGACUUUCACAAAUGACUAGGGAGAGUUCUGCUUUCAAAAUGGGUCGUACACUUGCUCUUGACAAUGGGCCAGAUAAGUCAUCAAGGGUGAAGGACUCAAUCAACCGAGGAGGGCGUGAUAACCCGGAAGAUGGUGAUAACGGAGAGCCAGAAGAUGGUGAUAACGGAGAGUCUCAAGAAGAUGGAGGAGAACCCAGUGAAAACGGAGAGUCUCAAGAAGAUGGAGGAGAUCCCACCACCAACACCACCAACUAUUGGUGGGACAUAGAGAACGCGGGUGUCCCGAAUGAUCUUUUUAUCAGCGAUCGAGUUCAUCCAAGGGAUAUGAAUAAUGGUGAUGGUGCAGCACUAGUCUAUAGCAAGUUCGUGGACAACUUGGAACGAAAUGGGUUCCAUGGACCGUUGAGCAUAACCAUUGUGGCAGGCUACAUUGACGAUAAUAAUUCGGUACUCGAAUAUUUGAAGAACAGUGACUUCUUCACAAUAUGCUAUGCCAUCGACUUCAAAAGAAUCAAGCAGCGGACCGAAGAUUGA